AUGGCGGGUUCAUCACUAUCCCACAUACUCGACCCUCCGCGGCCUUCGACGGGGCCGGCGAUGCUCGCGACGCAGUCUUAUCCUCUCCAUCCGCCCCAUCUCCCCGUGUCAGGCGUCGCAGCCCCCGGAGCUCCCAACGCCUUGCGACCAGCGCUGCUCCCGCCUACCUCCGCACCCGUCGUCGCAAUCCCCGGUCCUCCGGCCGGUCCUCCGCCUCCCAAUCUUCCGGACUCGCCCACGGCCUCGACUCCAAACCGAGGCCAUACUGGUCCCUCACUGUACGCCUGCGGUGACUGCGGCCGUCGAUACUCCCGCCCCGAGCACCUCCAACGACAUGUGCAGACGCAUACUCUCGGCCGGCGCUUCGCCUGCCAGAUCUGUGGAAAGACCUUUGCCCGGGCCGACCUGAAGAAGCGUCAUGAGGUCAACCAUGAAAACGACUCCUCCAAGAAGCGCCGCCGCACCGCCAUGUCCCCCAACGCCGGUCGUGUCGCCCAUGCUUGUAAGGCCUGCGCUGUAGCCCGUGUCAAGUGCCAAGAGGACAAGCCUUGCCAGCGCUGCGUGCGCCGCGGCUUGACAUGCGUUUCGUCCGAGGCCGGGUCGACCGCCGCCAUGCACCUGGUGCACCUCUCCGCGAGUGCCCAUUCCACGACAUCCUCCAUUGCCGACAGCCUGGAAGACUCGAGUCCUCCUGCCGGAUAUCCCCCGCCCAGCAUGUCGGGCAGUGUCCCAGGUUCUACCUCGCUAGGCGCCCAGCUCAGCGUUGACCAAGCAUCUCCCUUGGAUCUGACAACUCCCCCCCGGCCCGAUGCUGGCCAGAUGGCUACCCCGGACACUGUUAUAGAUCAAGGCUCCUCUGACAACUACCCUCAAAAAAUGGACAUGGGAGCCAAGGUCCCGCUCGAUAUGGACCGUCUUCCCUUUGGCGAUUUCCUCCGGGACAUUCUGUAUGAGCAAAACUUUGACAAUCAAGACAAACUGGUUGAAGGCCAAGGCUUGGCGGUCCUAGACUUUUGCGACGAUACCAACAUGGAGCUCUCCGACUUCGACUUUAACACAUUGGACACUUGGAAUUCCGACACCACGGGCAAUUUUCCGAUCCAGCAGGAGACUCCCGAAACCGAAACGUCAAUUGACAUUUCCCAGAUGCGCCAGAGAGUCGUGAAGGUCUGGACUGAUUCGGCUUGGAGGUGGCAGCCCAACGGGACAGAGGAUACAUACGGUGAAACCAAGAACCUUCCUGUGCCAAGUGGAGAAGCCAACAGCCUUCAAGUCCGGGAGACGAGGAAGUGGCUAGUCCAUGACAAGCUGGAGCAAUCAGGGCGAGAUCGAGUGCUCGGUCUCGUAUUGAAAGCCUGUCGGCAAGAGUCGAUAUUCAACCGGGUCGCCGCGUCAUUCCCGUCCUGCGAUCUGGUGGAUACCUUGAUUCACAUCUAUCUCAACUUCCACGUAUCCCAAGUAUCGGGAUGGAUACAUUUUCCGACGUUCAAGCUGAACGAGCAGUGGCCGGAGUGGAUUGCUGCUGUCGCCGCUGCCGGUGCCGUCCUUGCGCCAUCUCCCACGCUACGCAGAUUCGGGCUCGCUCUGCAAGAGUCUUACCGUCUCACUAUACCAUUGCGAUUCGAAGAGGAUCACAGGUCAAUACAGGACCUGGGCCUUCUCCAGUCUCUGAUUCUGACACAGGACAUUGCACUGUGGAGUGGGAAUCGACACAAGAUGGAGAUUGCGGAAUGCCAUCUGGUCAUCCCUGUGACUAUGAUGCGGUAUCGCGGUAGGUAUCAGCGGUCAUCAUACCCUGCCAUUUCAGUCGAUCCCUCAGACGCAGGAGAGGUACUACAGGAAAAGUGGAAGAAAUGGAUUGGUCAAGAGCAAUGGAAACGUUUGGUCUUCCACGCGCAACAUCGCGAUGCUCAGACAUCGAUGACAACCUUGACAAACCCUGCCAUAUCGUACGCCGAGCUUACACUUCCUUUGCCUGCGUCGGGAGACCUAUGGUUCGCCAGAACAGCAGAGGAGUGGAAAAGACUGUACCUGGAACGAAAUGCCAGCGAGGCCAAGAGAGCGCCCUCAGUUGGCGAUCUAUUGCAUGAUAUCAACCUUCUCACGGCCAACCGACAUCGCUUGGAUGUGCAACUCGCGUUAUCAAUUUUCCUCCACGCCUUUUGGGCCUUGAUCUUGGAGUACAGAUCGCUGAGUGCCGCCCACCGGUCGCGUUCCUACACGCGGGGCUCUUUUGGGGGAUCGGCCUUGCUGCUCAGCCCUCGACAUCAACACCUAGUCCAGGACCUACACACGUUCCAAACAUUGACAUCAGAGUGGCCAGAGAUGUCAGCACAAGAGCGAGUCGUUCUCAACCUGCUGAUGAUGAAUCUGCACGUGUCGUUAGAUGACUUGCAGCUCUUCGCUGGAAAGGAAGGGGAGGACCAGGCGCGGCGGAUCUACCCAGUACUACAGCAGUGGGCCGAGAGCACUGAUUCCCGAUCAGCCAUCUGGUAUGCCGGGCAAAUUCUGCGGUACGCAAAGCUGUUCCCCGAGGGUCACCUGAAGGCGUUUUACGCGGUUGCGGUGCACCACGCGGCGCUUGCGCUCUGGACAUAUGGCGUUGUCACGCGAGCCAACCGACGGGAAUCAAGGCUUUCGCAACAGGAACCGAUCUACAUGGAUGGACCGGAAUCGCCAGCGCUGCAGAAGUUCAUCAACCUUGGGCAGGGGCGGACACUGAUCCGAGGACCUGGCCCGCAAACCCGGGCAUCCCAGGCGUCCAUUGAGGAUCCGCGACAAUGCAUGGAAGUAGCACAGGAAGUGUUGAAGGCGAACUUUUCAGGUGCCAAGGAGGUUGUACCAGCGAUUGUCGAGAACCUGUGCGGGUUAAUCCGGCAGCUGGGGAAUGCAGCGUGGGCGGUAGGGCUUGGAUACCGCACGGCCAUGGCCUCCUCCUCAGACCUCCCCAGCCCGGCGCUCGUCGCGACCACAGCUGCCUUGGCAACCGUCGGUGUCCUCGCUCUCGCCCGCGCAGCUCUCUGGCCCGCCCGUCCCAAGAUCUUCCCCAGCCCACUCAAGACCGGCUCCGGCUUGUCUACCGCCAAUUCGAACUCAUCUACGUCUUCCAAGGCGCUAGUUUACCACCCAGAUCUGUUACCCGGUGCGCGAGACGUCGACACGCCGUAUGGUAGCAUCCGAGUUUACGAGUUUGGCCCUGAGACGGGCGAGAAAGUCCUCUUCGUCCACGGAAUCAGCACUCCGUGCGUUACCCUCAUGCCCAUCGCCAACGCCCUUGUGGAGCGUGGCUACCGUGUGAUGCUCUUUGAUCUCUUUGGUCGUGGCUUCUCGGACGGCGUGGCAGACCUCCCACACGAUGCCCGCCUAUAUGUUACUCAGAUGCUCCUAGCCCUUGCCUCCAGCCCACUCCCUUGGACUGGCAAUCAGGCCCUACGCGUCAUUGGCUACUCCCUCGGCGGUGGCAUCGCUGUCCACUUCGCCAAUGCAUUCCCCCACCUCGUCAAGGACCUUGUCUUGCUCGCCCCAGCUGGUCUCAUCCGGGCUGAGUCCUUCGGCCGCGUCUCCAUGUUCCUCUUCAAGUCCGGCUUCAUCCCUGAGCGCAUCCUGGCUGUCGCUACUCGCAGCCGCCUCCAGAAGCCCAUUGCGUCGGGUCGCAAAGGGAAUACCCCCACCGCCGACGCCGUCUCUGCCGCCGCUAACGUCGCUGUGGCUGAGGCUGCUGAUCCGGCUUCCGGCGAAGCUGUUACGCCUCUCGAGAGCCGUGUCUUAGAAUAUGUCCGCUGGAUGGUGGUUCACCACCUCGGAUUCGUCCCUGCCUUCAUGUCCAGCGUCCGCCACGCACCCCUCACCGACCAGCACGAAAGCUGGGCUCAGCUCGCCAAGCGUGAGCCCGGCACCACGGCAAUUUUCUUGGCAAAGUCGGACGAGAUCAUCGAUCUCGAUGACUACCGCCGCGAAGCCCUACCUCUAGUUGGUGGAGAAGAGAGUGUUAGGUGGAGAGUCCUGCCAGGAGGCCACGACUUUGUCAUGACGCACUCAGACCAUAUCCUUACGGAGCUAGAGGCCAUGUGGGAGACGCAGUCUUGA